AUGUCGUUCGGCGGUCAAACACCGACCAUUGUGGUGUUGCGGGAGGGUACCGACCAGUCACAGGGUCGAGGCCAAGUCAUAUCAAACAUCAACGCUUGUCUUGCGGUACAAGCCACGAUCAAAGGAACAUUAGGGCCUUAUGGCGGUGACCUGCUCAUGGUCGAUGAGAAUGGCAGGCAGACAAUCACCAACGAUGGCGCCACGGUCAUGAAGCUCCUCGACAUUGUUCACCCUGCCGCCCGCGUCCUCACCGAUAUUGCACGAUCGCAAGAUGCCGAAGUGGGCGAUGGUACCACCUCAGUCGUCGUACUGGCGGGAGAGAUACUAAAGGAGAUCAAGGACUUUGUUGAGCAGGGAGUCAGCAGCCAGACCAUCAUGAAGGGUCUGCGAAGAGCCUCACAUCUCGCCGUCAACAAGAUUAUGGAAAUCGCCGUAGACACCGCCGAGGGCAACCAACGCGACACACUCCAGAAGCUUGCCGCGACCGCCAUGAGCAGCAAGCUAAUCCACAGGAACGCCGACUUCUUCACAAAGAUGGUCGUCGACGCCGUCCUUUCGCUUGACCAAGACGAAUUGAACGAGAAGCUCAUUGGUGUCAAGAAGAUCACUGGUGGUGCGCUCCAAGACUCACUCUUCGUCAACGGCGUCGCUUUCAAGAAGACAUUCUCAUACGCUGGUUUCGAGCAACAACCAAAGACGUUCAAGCAGCCGAAAAUUGUGUGCCUGAACGUUGAACUCGAGCUGAAGAGCGAAAAGGACAACGCCGAAGUACGGGUGGAGCAGGUCUCGGAAUACCAGGCGAUUGUCGACGCGGAGUGGCAGAUCAUCUACAACAAGAUGGAAGCGCUAUACAAGACGGGUGCCAAGGUCGUGCUCAGCAAGCUUCCCAUCGGUGAUUUGGCAACACAGUACUUUGCAGAUCGCGACAUCUUCUGUGCUGGACGUGUCGCCACCGACGAUCUAGACCGUGUAUGCCGAGCAACAGGCGCAAGCCUCCAGUCUACCUGCUCCGACAUUCAAGAGAAGCAUCUCGGUACUUGCGAGUCCUUUGACGAGCGACAGAUUGGUGGCGAACGCUUCAACUUCUUCCAGGGUUGCCCAGAGGCCAAGACAUGCACUCUAGUGCUCCGUGGUGGCGCAGAGCAGUUCAUCGCAGAGGUCGAGCGAAGCUUACACGAUGCCAUUAUGAUUGUCAAGCGCGCCAUCAAGAACAGGAAUAUCGUCGCUGGAGGUGGCGCCAUCGAAAUGGAGAUCUCGUCAUACCUACACAACUACGCCGACAAGAACAUUCCUCACAAGCAACAACCCAUCAUCAAGGCAUUCGCCAAGGCCCUCGAGGUUAUCCCUAGGCAACUGUGUGACAAUGCCGGUGUCGACGCGACCGAUAUUCUCAACCGCCUGCGAGUAGAGCACAAGAAGGGCAACAUUUGGGCAGGUGUCGACUUCGCAACCGAGAGCAUAGCAGACAACAUGGAGAAGUUUGUGUGGGAGCCUAGUCUGGUCAAGAUCAACGCUCUACAGGCGGCGACGGAGGCUGCCUGCCUGAUUCUGAGCGUUGACGAGACGAUAAAGAACCAGGAGUCGCAGCAGCCACAGGCACCAAACAGGCCGCUACCACCGGGCGCCGCACAAAGGGCACUGGGUGGCCGAGGUCGCGGAAGGGGUAUGCCCAGGCGGUAA